AUGGUCAGGAAAAGAUAUAGCAAGAAAUCGAAAUCUGUUUGGAGGAAGAAGACAGACAUUUCUGAUGUUGAAGCUCACCUGGAAGAAGUUCGUAGAGAUGAAAGACUAGGAGGCCCAGCAUCUUUGAAGAGCAAUGACGAGCUGUUUUACGUUGAAAGAGGCACAGAAGAUGCGAAAUCGGAUCAAGUGCCGGCGAUAAAAGAGAAGAAAAAUAGAAAGCGGAAACCUUUAACGAUCGAGUCUCUCCUAAAACCAGUUUCUAAAGUAGAAGCAAUAAAAAGGAAAACCAAUAGUAAAGAUUAUAAUUUGGAUCUAGAGCUGAAAAAGAAAAAAAAACUGAUUGGGAAGACUAGUAAUAGUAAAGAAAAAGUACCUGACAAUAGUAAUUCACAGCAAGUUUACAGCCUGUGGCAAAGUGAUGAAAGUCUGGCCGCUAACAAUUCGAAAGGAAUAAAGAAGGGUGAUCAAAUAGCUUCUACGACAAAAGAUCAAUACAAGCGACCUGUUAGUGUUGCAAAAAUCGAAACAGAAGUGCCUAAUGUUCAAAUAUGUAGCUCAGGAGCAUCAUAUAAUCCAGCUUAUGAUGAUCAUCAGGUAUUGCUGCGUGAUGCAAUAGAUGAAGAGAUGAAAUCACUGAAAAAGCAAGAAAAAUUAGAUCGAAAGCUAGCGCUACCAGAGAACUUUCAGAACGAUGUGACAACAUGGAAAGAAGAAAUGUCAUGUGGGCUGUUUCAAACGGAAGAAAACGAAGAUGACGUAAACAGUAGCGCGUCUGAUGAUGAUAUCGCUGUUGGUAAUACUAGAACAGGAGCUAGGAGAAGGCUAACAUUACGAGAAAAAAGAUUAAAAAAGAUUAGGAAAUUACGGGCUAUGGCCAAUAACGACGUAAAAUUGAAAAAGUCUAGAAUGCAAGAUAUUUACAGGUGGAAGGCAACCUAUUCAAAGAUCGAUUUAAGAGCUUCCAAAGAAGGGGCAUUAUUGAGUCUCGAAAACCAGUUGGAUCUGUACGCAAACGUCGUGUUAAAUUUUAUGAGAAGAAAUCUUACAGGUGUUAGUGCUUAUAUUAAAGUUAAUGAGAGAUUGCAUGUCAUCAAGGAUUCAAAUUGUGGUGAUUACCGCAACAUUUGCGACGAUAUACGUCUUUGUAUGUCCAUUCGUGUGGUUCAUAGUAUUCGAUGUGUAGCUUAUGACUUGGUAGUUGGUACACUUUAA